UGCAGAAUGUCAAGCAAAGAUCGACACAUUGAUUCUAGCUGUUCGUCGUACAUCAAGACGGAACCGUCGAGCCCUGCCUCUCUGACGGACAGCAUCAACCACCACAGCCCCGGUGGCUCCUCAGACGCCAGCGGGAGCUACAGUUCCACCAUGAAUGGACAUCAGAACGGGCUGGACUCACCUCCCCUCUACCCUUCAGCCACAGGGCUUGGGGGCAAUGGGCCAGUCAGGAAACGGUAUGAUGACUGCUCCAGUACUAUCGCUGAAGAUUCACAGACCAAGUGUGAAUAUAUGCUGAACUCGAUGCCCAAAAGACUGUGUUUGGUGUGUGGUGACAUUGCAUCAGGGUACCACUAUGGAGUGGCUUCCUGCGAGGCCUGCAAGGCUUUCUUCAAGAGGACAAUUCAAGGUAACAUAGAGUACAGCUGCCCAGCAACGAAUGAAUGUGAAAUCACAAAGCGCAGACGCAAGUCCUGCCAAGCCUGCCGCUUCAUGAAGUGUCUAAAAGUUGGCAUGCUGAAAGAAGGUGUUCGCCUAGACAGAGUACGUGGAGGUCGCCAGAAGUACAAGCGCAGAAUAGAUGCAGAAAAUAGCCCAUACCUGAACCCUCAGCUAGUUCAGCCAGCAAAAAAGCCACUGUUCUGGACUGUUUUUACAGAUAACAAGAUUGUCUCCCAUUUGCUGGUGGCUGAACCAGAGAAGAUCUAUGCUAUGCCUGACCCCACCGUUCCAGACAGUGACAUCAAAGCACUUACCACUCUUUGUGACCUGGCAGACAGAGAACUGGUGGUGAUCAUUGGAUGGGCUAAGCAUAUUCCAGGAUUCUCCACUUUGUCUCUGGCUGACCAGAUGAGCCUUCUGCAGAGUGCUUGGAUGGAGAUUUUGAUUCUCGGUGUUGUAUACCGGUCACUUUCUUUUGAGGAUGAGCUCGUAUAUGCUGAAGAUUAUAUUAUGGAUGAAGACCAAUCCAAAUUGGCAGGCCUUCUCGACCUUAACAAUGCCAUACUGCAGCUGGUAAAGAAAUACAAGAGCAUGAAGCUGGAGAAAGAAGAGUUUGUCACCCUCAAAGCUAUAGCACUUGCUAAUUCAGACUCAAUGCACAUAGAGGAUGUUGAGGCAGUGCAGAAACUUCAGGACGUCUUACAUGAGGCUCUGCAGGAUUAUGAGGCCGGGCAGCACAUGGAAGACCCACGUCGUGCAGGCAAGAUGUUGAUGACUCUCCCACUUCUGAGGCAAACCUCCACCAAGGCUGUGCAGCAUUUCUACAACAUCAAACUGGAAGGCAAAGUCCCCAUGCACAAACUUUUUUUGGAAAUGCUGGAGGCCAAGGUCUGACUAAAGCAUCAUGGGCUUCCCCAUCAUGCACGUUUUAAAAAAAAAAAAUUAAAAAAAAAAGAAUGAAAAAAAAGAAAAAAAAGGGAAAAUAAACAGGAUAAUAAUGGCAAAGAAACUUAGUGUUUAAUUAAGGAAAAAAAUGACUGCACUGAUAUUUAGCAGCAAGACUGUGA